ACAUUUGACAGAUAUAAGAGUAAAGAGGGCACUUUGUUUCUUUGUUAAAUGGUGGCUUGUAGCUUUAAUAUUAAUCCCCGAGAUGGUUAGAUCAUAAAAACACGCCUUAAACCAAGAGCCAGAUGGUGCAUCGGAUGUAUAGAUCUGAAGCACCCGGUUGCUACUUGCCCUCUCCACGGGGAAGAUGCAAGAUGGUUAGAUCCCAAUUGCCGGGCAUCGGAGGCUACAACUGACUUAACAUUCUGCUGGUUUUCCCAUCAUUGAAAUACUGUCGUUUUUUUGUCUAAGUUUUGUAGACUUUACCGGUAUCCAAAAGUUUCGUUGUUUACAAGGUGUGCAAGGAAAUGCAUAUGCGCUUUUUAUCGAUGGAAUGUUCCUCAUAUUUGAAACAUCGUUCUGGUCUAUCUUGGGUUGGUUCUAAAAAAUCUUUAUUAGCUACGUUGUCAAAGAUUUCUUGCUGUUUCAUACCCGGAACUUAAACUACCAGACCAGCAGUCAAGUCGGACAUAUUUGAGAAAACACAGAAAACACAGGAUAGAACAUCAAGCGUAGAACAUCUUUGUUUACAUUGGUCCAAAGAAACAGUUGUCGUAGCAUUUUUCUGUUUCUUUCUCUAACAUAUUUUGGUUGUAAAAUUAGUCAGCGACCGUUUGCUAUUGUAUCACUUUACAAACAAUGAAUAACUAUUAAAUUAUUUUGUUUGCUCUCCGGGACAUGUUGUCAACUUGCUACGAGUCUAGCUAGCUGGUGUAUUAGCCAGCUAGCUAAAUGUUAGCAUUAAUCAAACGCUAGCCAAAUAGUUUACGAUGGGCGAGGGCGAUUGAGUUGUAUUUGACGUCGAUGUUAUAAAGGUUAUUAUUGUAUUUAAAAUGGAUAUUAGUCUAACCGUUUCCCUAAUGCGGGGCCAGAUGGGGACCGUGAUAGAGAGAGCGGUGAGUGCCGCUGUUGAGACGGUGCUGGGGGAGAUGUUGAAAGUGGUCAGCAUUAAAUUUGACGAGCUGAAGAGGGAAGUGGCAGCUAAAGAGAAGGAGACCGAGAGCAUCCGACAGAUGCUGGAUAUAUCCAGAUCUCAGGUAAAGACAAUGCAGAAGUACAUUAACGCCCUGGGUGCUAGGCAGCCGCACGCCACAACCACAUACCACAAGAACCAGGGUACGGCGUUCAGUAAUUCCGAAAACCGCAGGGCACACAGUUCCUCCACGGCUGCAUCCGAGGCUUCGCUGUCCUCUGUUUUACCGCAGCCACAAAGAAGAACGGUUGCGCUUCCCAACAACGCAAUGGUCACGGCAAAUGGGAACGUGCAGCCUAAGGGUCGAGUCACCGUGAGUCUGCCCUCUGACUUAGCCAGGGCCUCACAACUCUCGGAGAAUAUGGUCACGGUUAGGACCACAUCAUCCCUUGACAGCCAAGGUGACCUGACGGCCAUGAUCUCAGAGGCAUUGGAGGACCCGUCUUUGACCACAACUGUCUCUGCAAUGAGCAGUGCAGCUGAGCCCCUGGAUCCUUUCAAAGUUUCUUUCCUUGCAGAGGAGCACCCAGCUCCGGGGAUGACCGAUGGAGGCCAUGGGAGAGAGGAGGAGGAGGAGGAGGACGGGGCCCAGUGUGAGGCUGAGUGGGCCAUUAGUGCACAGCAAGCAGAGGCCAGCUCAGAGGGCGGGUCCCAGCCGGUCCUCUCCCCAUCCAGGACCGAUGACGCUGACAGCUUUGAGACCGCUGAGGCCGGGGACACCCACCCAGCCACCCAGAUGGAACCCCGGCUCCUGGUGAAAGAGGAGGAGGCCGAGGUGGAGAUAAUCUGUAUCAAACAGGAGCCCGAGGAGAUGGAGAGUCUGCUGAUGAACCUGGCCGCCGAGACCCUCGGGCCACCGGGACCCCUGGGCGGGGCCACGCCUCCACAGAGCCACCGGACCACGGAGCACACAGCAUUCACCUCAGCCAGCUCCUACGGGCUGGCCCAGCCAGCGAUGACCAUGUCGGGUCACUCUUCCCGGCCGAUGGUACGUCCGUGGCCCAAGGACCUGAGCCUGUAUGAAGAGUACCGGGUCCGCCGGGCCGACCUCAGGCGGAGGAGCCAGACCCGUCGCCGGGAGAUGGAAAAGACACUCCCCCAGCCCCUGUUAGCCGACCUGGUGAAGGAGCGACGGGAGAAGACCAGGCUCAGAGUAGCCCGCUGGAGGGCCAAGAGGAAGCUGCAGGCCUGCCUGCUAACCCAGAUGACCCAGAGCCAGCACCAAGCGGCAGGCCUGGGUCUGGGCCAGGGGGGCAGCCUGAGCAGUGGUCCGGGGACUCCCGGACAGGUCAACCAACACAGCGGACAGCACAAAGCCGGGGGACCCAGUCUGACUCAGCAGAGGAGCACUGCCUCCAACAACGUGUCUCCCUACAGCAACAAUUUCCUGUUUAACAGAACUCACUGUGACUCUGGUAACAUCAACUACCCACCUUUACAGUUCAACUCGUCCUCUCUGAUGCUGGGCCAACAUGGGGGCCAUAACAUGGUGGAUCACAGCAUGCAGCCAGCGUCGUCGUCCUCACAGCCGGGCCUCACAGGCUCUGAGCUCUACCAGUAACACCUGUUGAUAUGUGGCUGUGUGUGUAAUGGCACCUUAUUCCCUGCUAAACCACUCCCCUGAGGGUGUCACCAUCCUGUGGCCCCUCCCCACUGCCGCUCCACCACUCAGACACUGUCCUGCAGCCCCUCCUCCCCGCGGCUCCAACCCUCAGGCCUGUUUCAACUUCCCGGUUAAGAUGUGUUUAUUUCUGUGUAAACAAUUCAGUAAAACUCACAUGUAACACAAAAAAAUACCGUUCACUACUUAUGACCAGAGCACUGUGGUCCCUGAUUGAGUAGUGUGGGGAGUGGGGAACAGGGUGCCAUCUGGGAUGUAGGUAUUGUUCUGUUCUCAUGGUAGAUGCUGUUUAUGUUGUGGUGUCGGGUCAAUUUAUGUGCUUCAAGGGGAACUGUGUGAAUGCGUUAUGAUCUAACUUAUCAAAAUGUCUGUGACAAGCCUAAAAAGUUUUAAAGAGAUAACUGCCUCAUAUUAAUAAUUGAAUAUUAUUACUAUAAAAAGUAACCCCAACAUGUAUUGUUGUGCAGCAAAAGUAUUUUGUUAAAUAAUUUAUUUAUGUUAAUGAAUAAUGACCAACCCUACACACAUACACU